GAGAGCAGUAGAACCUCCCAAACACCCUGUAUCUUUCUAUUUCUCUGCAACACCCAGCUUCUGGCUUGCCCAGUCUACAGCAGUUAGACACCGUGUGGAAGGGUAAAACAGAAGCAUGCAACGAAAAGAAAAGCAGUUCAGCUGAAUUGUAGCUGUUGGGUUUCCUGCUUGAACAAAAUGCAUGUACUGAACAACUAUAUGAAAAAACCUGCAGAACCGAACAGUUACAAAUGGAAAACACUAACGCUGAAAAAAAAGAGAAAUCACAUUCAUAUCAACAUAUUGGACAGUGGACAAAAGAGGAAGUCAAACAAUGGGCAACUGAAGUUAUUAAGAUUGACCAGAAAUAUGCAGAAAUCCUGUUUAAACAAGCUGUGACUGGUUCUAGUUUGAAACUGGCAACUAAAGCAGAUUUUGUAGACAUGGGCAUACCUCAUGGGCCUGCUCUUGAAAUAAUAGAUUUCCUGAAAAAACAUGACAUUCUAGCUCAAGGUUCAAACCAGGCUGUGGAACAAGAAGGCACUGAGCAGAGUCUUGACGAAGGAGAAGAUGGAGAAAUUGCUAAGAAAGAAUGCAAGAAGAAAUAUCAGUCAUUGUAUUCCAGUAUACUGCAUGAUUCUAAGACGGAGCCCAUAGAAGACAAAAAAGCAAUGAAGCCAGCUGACGAACAGAAUGCAUCAGAGAAGCCACUGUCAAGCAGCCAGCACCCAACUGGAAAGAUGUGUAUGCCAUAUCCUUUUGAUAAUUUCAGUGAUGGUACUCGAUACAUACAGUAUAAUAUCCUUAAUGUCCCUGAAACAGGGCCACUCAAUCUCAUUGAUCCAGCACAUGAAUUCAAAUUACUUACCAACACAGAGAAGGCACUAGAAGAGGAUAUCAUGAUGAAAUUUAGCAAUGAAGUCUUUAGAUUCGCUGCAGCCUGCAUGAACUCCCGCACAAAUGGCACUAUUCAUUUUGGAGUACGUGACAAUCCACAUGGGGAAAUUGAAGGAAUAGAAGUCACCAAGAAGGAAGCAUAUGUUGAUCAUUUUAAUAAAUUCAUUGGAAAGUACUUUAUCAGCAAUUACACCAGCAUUGCAAAAGCUUGCAUUAGACAACCUAGAUUUGUGGAAGUAUUAUUACAAAAUGGAACUCCAUCACAUAGGUUUGUCAUUGAAAUAGAUGUUGUUCCCAGCCACUGCCACUGUGGCACAAAAUAUUUCUGUACCAACACAUAUGAAUAUGAUAGUAAGUGUUGGAUAAAAACUGUCUUCAUCCGGGAUGGAGCUAGUUCCAAAAAUAUCAAAAAAACAAAAGAAUUUGAAACUUUUAAAGGUACCUUGACAUCUUUAGCAGAUUCUCGUAAAAGAGCAGAGGAAGAACAUAAUUUAAAGCAAAAGAAGUCAAUGAAUGAAGGACUAAAGCUAGUUAGUCUGCUCACAGGUAACAGGGACUCACUAGAUAGCUCUUAUUAUGACUACUACAUUUUGGUAACAAACAAGUGUCACCCAAGUCAAACUUCACACUUAGACUUUUUACAGGAAAUAAAGUGGUUUGCUGUGCUUGACUUUGAUUCUGAAUCAGAAAUGAAUGGUGUGUUCAAGACUUACAAAAAAAAUCGAAAUGCCAAACCUCACUUCCCAGAUUAUUAUGAAAACAAGGUGGGCUCAGCUUCUGAACAAGCUGAAAAACUGAAACUGCAUCAGGAGACCAACUGGAUUUUUUGCAAUGGUGGAUCAGACUUCAAAGGCAAUAAUGAACUACCAUUAGAUCCCACUUCAUGGCAACGAGACAGAGCUGCUGGUGUCAGAAAAAUGAUUUCAUUUCUUUCACACAAAGAUGUAAAGCAGAGUGGAAAGUUUUUAAUAGUGUUUCUUUUGCUUUCCACAGUGGAAGAUCCAGCAGAUCCCCUUACUGAGACUUUUAUGACAUUUUACCAAGAAUUAAAGGGACUAGAAUACAUUGUCUCUAUUUGCAUUGGUGCAGGUACAUACCAGCGAUGGAAAGAUCUUCUGCAUGCUAGAGGCAUUAGUGAGGAAGCAUUGUCAUACAAAUGUGUUUCUAAUUUAACCCUGCAAAUGGUAAAUGGUACCAUCAUAAAAUUAAAAUCAAUGACACACUCUUCUGAAAGACUUCUGCCCUCUGUUGGUCAUUCUACUGUUCUUCUAAAGAAGAAAGAAGACUCCAUGGCAGCAUUGGAAAUACUUUGUGAAAAUGAAUGCAAAAACACAGGAAUAGAGGAGGAUGCGGAUAAGUUUAAGAAUUUCCUGAAAGAGCGGGAAGAAGAUUUUUAUCGAGGUGGUAAAGUAUCCUGGUGGAAUUUCUAUUUUGCUUCUGAAAAUUAUACUUCAGAUUUUAUCAGAAGGGACAGUUAUGAAAAGCUUGAACACCUAAUUGUGUCUUCAUUUAACAGUGCUAAUCAAUCACCUGUAAAAAUUAUCAACCUUUACCACCACCCAGGCUGUGGUGGGACAACAUUAGCUAUGCAUAUCCUUUGGGAUCUUCGGAAACAAUUCAGAUGUGCUGUUCUGAAAAACAAACAAAGUGAUUUGGGGACACAGUUGACAACUUUACUCACCUGUGGAGCUAACAAUGACACAGGCUAUUUACCAGUGUUACUUCUUGUAGAUGAUUUUGAAGAGGAAGAAAGCAUCUAUUUUCUGCAGAAAGAAAUUCAGGCAGCUAUAAUAGAAAAAUGCAUUCCAUAUGUAAAUCCUUUAGUGAUCAUUCUAAACUGUAUGAGAUCUCAGAAUCCUGAUGAAAAUUCAAGAAUCAAUUCCUCGAACAGUAUUUCUUUAAAACAUAUCCUUUCUGAAAAAGAGCAAAGGGCCUUUGAUCAGAAACUAAAAUAUAUUGAAAAGGUGCAUCAAAAUCCUGACAAUUUCUAUGCAUUUAUGAUUAUGAAGAAAAACUUUGAUACACAGUACAUUAAAAAAGUGGUAAAAAAUACCUUGCAUAACUUGAAUACUGCCUCUAAAGAAGCACAACUUGUUUGCUAUCUGACACUGCUAAACGCAUAUGUAAGAACAUCUACAGUUUCAAUAUCACUAUGUGAAGAAUUCUUAGGAAUUAAUUCUCGAGAGAUUGGCUGCAGUAAAGAUAAAUUGAUAGAAAAGAUGAAAAUUUGUUCCAAUAUUCUAAUAUAUGAUCAGGUACAUGAAUACACAAGAUACAAAGGUCUUCGUAUCAUUCACCCAUUGAUAGCAUCUCACUGCCUAACAGAAUUGAAACUAACCUAUGACUUGCCUAAAAGUGAAAUUACAUUGCAUUUAUUGAAAGAAGAUCUAUUUUAUAAGUCUUCAUUAAAGCAAGACAAACUUAUUCGUGAUACACAAACCCUGCUGAUUACUAGACAGCGCAAGGAACAUGGUGAUGAGUCAGACACAUUGUUUUCCCCCUUAAUUGAAGCCAUUCAUAGGGAAGAGAAGAGUGGUAAUGUGGAAUGUGUGUUAAAACAAGCAUCCGCUAGAUUUGAGCAAAAUGCUUACAUUUGCCAAGCCUUAGCAAGAUACUUCUACAUUAAAGAAAGGAAAUUUGACUCUGCAUUAUACUGGGCCAAAGCAGCCAAACAAAGAGCACCACACAAUUCAUACAUAUCAGAUACACUAGGUCAAGUCUUUAAAAAUAAGCUGAGAACCGCAGAGUCCAAAGCAAAGAGUGCAGUCCUGAGAGCUGAGGAACUGGAAUACUUGCUAGAGCUUGCUCAGAAUGCUUCAAAUGCAUUCAGAGAAUCGCAGCAACAAGCUGAAAAUGCAGGCAAUGAACAAUAUUCACAUCAUCAAAAGUUUAAAAGAAAGUUUGAAACUUACAAUACUGCUGGUUAUCAGGGUGAGAUAGAAACUGGUCUUUAUGUUAUUGAUGUCCUUCGGCAAGUUCCUUUUUUCAGAAAGGACUUACAGUGUAGAAAAAAUAUGAUAAAGUAUCUUUCAGGAAAUACUGAUUUGGCUGUAGAUAACACAGAGGGUGAAAUGGUCAAGGUUCUUGAAUGUUAUACCAGCUUUUUAUGUAAUUUGCGGUCACGGUUGAAAAGGGCAUUUGACUUCUUUGAAGAUUACUUUGUGUUUUUCAAAACACAGACCAAUGAAAAAGAAGUUGUAGAUGCAAAAUUGUAUGAGAAGGUUCAAGAGCGUUUCACCAAAUACAAAGAAAUAUUUUGUGAUUUCAGUUUUGAGCAACUGAAAAGUCAACAGGUCUCAAAGUGGCCCAUGUCUCAGCAUAUAAAAGCAUACAGGGACACUGUGGAGGCUUCCAAAGCAGGCUCCUUUUCUGGCAUUUUGGAAUACCUCCACAGAAAUCACCGAAAUGAUGACGGAGAAAUAGAAGACAUAGUAGAAGCAUAUGCAUUUUUGUGUGAGGAGAAUGCACAAGCAACUCUGAAAGACAAACAGAAUUUAAUUUUGGCAAAUGUUGUUCUGAACUGCAUUAAACCUAUAACAGCUAAUUUAUAUUCUAAGCUGGAAAGUCUGCUUCUAAACAUUCUGCAGGAAGUGGAACCAACCUCACAUUGUGUAGAGCCUUUCUUCCUAGCAUCCUUGUUUUUCUGGCCCCAAAAUAUAAAACAACUAAAUGAAGAAUCCAGCAAAAUGGAAACUUUUGUUAGACGCUUAAGUGAGUCUUUCAAAGAGCUCUAUGGAACCCUGCAUCGUUCCAGGCAGCCUGUGGCCCUUUUCUAUCUGGCAAAAGGCAGUGGCCUGAACAGAUUUGUUCACAAAGGAAAAAUUGAUCAGCUUUUUCGUUCACUUUCAGAACAGGACCUGAAUUCCCUCUGGCAGAGUGGAAAUAUCUGGAAGGAACAGGCUGUUCAAGAUCUUUUGCUUCCUUUGCAUGGAAGAGCUGAGGGUAAGGUUAUCUACAUAGACUAUGGCAGCAAUGAAACCUUUAGGAUACCAGUGCAGCCUGUUCCCUCAUGCCUAUUGAAAAAUGGCCCAAACAUAGAAAGAGUGUCUUUUUACCUUGCGUUUUCCAUUGCUGGUCUCCUGGCAUACAACACACAAAGCCUGUCAUUAAGACAAUAGGUAUUCCAGUUUCUCAGCUACAAGGCUUUUUCAGGCAAAAUUGUCCUUUAACUGUUUUUUGGUUUGGUUGGUUUUUGGUCAACAAUUGCAAAUAACAACCUCAGGGUGUCCAUUAUAUUUCUUUCCUCACUAUGUUAGUCUUUUAGUCCCAUGCAGAAUUGUGUCUCUACUGUCAUAACUGCUGUUUGGACAGUCAGUCAAACUGAAAUGUUGGUGCAGUUAGUCCUGUAGACUGGUCACUACUACCCAAAGUUCUUUGGUUGAUAACAACAUGAGCUAUCAUUCCAAAAAAUAUAUAAAAAUUAAAAAAGAGAGAGAAUUCUAAAAAAGAAUAUUUUGAAAAUGUUAUCUUUAAAUACCAUCACUUUUAAGAACCCUACUGUCUUGCUAGCUUUUUUGCCAUUGCUGUAAGGAAGGAUGUGUCACCACAAUUUUCAUACUCUUCUAUAAGUAAUGUAAGAACAAGGAAUGUAUGUUAGAAAACACGUAUCAUGUAACAUUUCUUGAUGCUCCAUUGUAUCUGAUGUCAUUUUGGCACACAGGUAAUGUAAAAGGCCAUUCAGUUAUAAAGCAGCAUUGUUUUCUACGUUGUUAUUUUUCAUGCUUGAAUAAUGUAAUGCACUUGCAUAUAGGCCUGUAUUAAUAGCCAAGCUGUACGUGUUGUGAAAGGACAGAAGUUCUGGUGUUUUACCUUCUCAGGGCAUUUCUAAAUAUGUGAUUAUUAAAGAUACCACUACUUUCUGCUGUACUGUAAAAGCACACAGUUGGCAUUUGAUGUCCAUAUUAAAUAGAUUUUAUUCUUUUGUGGUGGGUCUUCUGCUUUAUAUAAAAUUCAUCCAGUUUGGUCAUUCCUUUCCAUAUAAAUUCCACUAGUGAUGGAUUUCUUAUCAACUCUGAUCCUUGCAAAAAUCGGCAAUUUAAAUGCUUAAAGUGGUCAUUGAUUGCACUAUCUCCCUCGUGUAUAAAACUGCCUGCUGUUUAGACACAAUUAAUGUUCCAAAAAAGGAAAAGAUAUCAGUGAAAAACACCAGAAACAAGAAGUUACUACUGUUACACUUUGCUCUACAUGCAUACAAUUCAUGAAAACCAGAGUUCAAUGCAAUGAACUGCCUGAAAGAGGUCUGCAGGAUGGCUUUUUCAUCACCCCACAAGUUCUCUUUGCUCUUUGUGUCUGGCAAGGAGGCAGGCAAAAAUAAGUGACAUGUCAACAGAUUAGUAAAAACAAAUUGACAAAAAUAAUAAAGCAGGGGACCAUUCUGCUCUAGUGCAGCUCUUCUUUUAGUUGUAAAUAUGGAUAAGGAGUUUUAUUUUAUAAUCCAGACUGCUUUUUAACUCUAGCCAAAAUAUAUUUCUCUUGGCAAGAAUGCACUUCAUUUUAACCUGUAUCCACUUUGUCUCUAACAGUAUAUUUCUAUUUCAGAUAGAGUGCUAUAGGAUCAAUUUUCAUGAUAAUACAUUAUUUGUUCUAGUUAGCCCUCAGGAUAUGACCAUACAAUUUAUCCAUUACUAAAGUAUUUACCCUUCCAAAUAAAGAUAAUUUGCCAUGUUUUCAUGGCAGUUGAAGACUUCAGUCUUCAUCUCAGUCAGUCACAUCUUCUUGGAACUGCGAAUAUUUUUAUGUGCUGGAACUCCGCUGAGCUGUGUAGGGUGGCACAUCGGGCACACCCAGCAGGGUGCGGUGGCAGGCGGCUGCAGGCUGCCUCAUGGCGGGAGGCCAUGAGCCACCCUGGGCCCAUUGCAGCCAGUUCCAGCACUGGUGUGAGCACCCCAUCGCCUACCAAACCUCCACUAUCAGACAAGUUUAAGAAAAGCAGCAGCUGUGUUGGGCAGGAGAAACGGUGGAGGAGAUGGUGUUGGAGGGAGAGGGACGUUGUUGGGGCAUGGCUGGAGGCACACUUCUGCAAAGGAGCGACCCACACCAGGGCAGGGACACCCCUGAGGAACUGCAGCCCAUGGGUGACCCAUGCCUGGGCAGAGGAAACAAGAAGGAAGGAGCAGCAGAGAAUCAGAAGAAACGAAUCAGAAGCAAGGAGUGGCAAAAAUAAACCGCUACACACUGAGACCUACCUCCUCCGCUGCGGGCCCGUCACCUUGGCAUGAGGAUUGGAAAGGACUGAGCAGAAGUGAAAACAAGGGGAGCUGCAGCUAGGAAGGGGGAAGGAGAGGUGUUGUACUGAAGCUAAAAGGGGAAGAAAGGCAUUUCCCUAAGUGUUUGCUUAGUUGUUUGUCUUCUUGGUUUCUCAAUACCCCAAUCAGUAAUUAAAUAUUUAUGUUAAUAGGCAAUAAAUUAAGUAAAACUCCCCAAGUUGAGACUUUUUGCCUGCAACGUGUGUACAUUUACUAAUAACCCUUGGGAUCUGGUACAGUGAGUGCAUUACAUGCUAGACACUGCACUUCAUGCCUGUGUGAGUUUACAGAAAUACAUAUUUUAUUGUACAUAUCAGGCUGUUUGUUAUAAAAUUGUACUUUUAUCAGCAGUAGUCCUUAAUAAAUACAGAUAUUUGAUAAAACCCUUAA